AUGUUGGAAAUUCAUGACAAUGGUCAAUUAAAUGAUGAUCAGGAAAGUGAUGAAGAUGUAAAAUUUCUUAUAUGUGGUGUUGAUCGAGAGGGUGGAUUAAAUGACUUUUCUAUAAAAGCGUCACAGACUGUAACAACAGGAAUAUCAAAUGACAUUGGAUCUAUAUCUAAUAUAUCUAAUAUACCUGUUAAAAAUUCUACUGUGAUUAUUGAGCCUGAACAAACUACUUCAGAUACUAAUCCUAUAAAUAACUUAGUAAUGGUUUGGGAAACUAGUACUGAAAAUAGACCAUGGAGCAGGUUACUUGAUAUAUCUCCCUGGUUCAAUUAUGGCUUUACAGAAAAAUCAUUUAAAGAAUAUAUUAUUAGACAAUUGGUGAUUAGAUGGGAAAGAAUUAAGAAACAAACAAUUGAAACUUCUGAUGAUUCACUAACUAGCACAGCUUCAUCUAGAAUUCAAUCUAUGGCUAAUCAAAGUCCUAAUGUCAACAAUUCUUCUAAUAUUACAUGUAACCCAGUUAUUCCAAUUUCACAAAAUAUACAAUUUCCACCAGGUAUACCAUUACCACCACCACCAGGUAUGCCAUUACCACCACCACCAAGUAUGCCAUUACCACCACCAGGUAUACCAUUACCACCACCACCAGGUAUGCCAUUACCACCUCCACCAGGUAUACCAUUACCACCACCACCAGGAAUGGGUGGCCCAAUAUCUAAUAUGAUUUUGUACCCUCAAAUAUUUCCUCAUGGCAAUCCAUCAUCAUAUCCAUUUAAUCCAUUAAUAAAACAACCUGCUGAUAGACGUAUUAAAAAAAGGAAAGAAUAA